AUCCUUAAACAACUCAAAAAUAGCUUCAGGAAGUCCCUGAAACUGAGCAGAUCCAGUAGGCCCCUCCCUGCCAAAAUGAAAGCAAUUAAAGCUGAGAGUUGCCUCAGAUGGAAGGGGAUUGAACUCCAAGAAUAUUCUCAGACAAGACAAGCUGAGAAGAAGACCCUGAGAGCAGACCAGAUGCUUGAAAGAAGCAGAAACCAGCCUAGCCACCUGCACAACAUUUAGAUCAACUGAGGCACCUGGAAAGGACACUCUCCUGCCUGUGUACAGUAUGUUCCAGGCUUCCCAGCUUUUGUGAUCUGUCACCCAUGCUGAGGUGGGCCUUGGUGAUGCAGCUGUCUUUGAGUCAUUUCUGCUCCUGUAAGUAACCCCUCACCCAUAUUCUUAUAAGCAACCCCAGUAAAACCCAUUGGUCCACCAAGUUGAACUUUAGCCGUGUCUGUACUUUGGUCUGUCGUGGGCUCAUUAUCUGGGGUGAGUAGAUGUUCAUCUCCCCAGGAAAAGUCUUGUCACACAGCAGACCCUAUCUCAAAAGAACAAAAUAAAACUCCCGUGGUACAUAUGACACAUACUUGGUGCCAGACAGGAAGCGCCUGCUGACCAUGGUAAGGGGAUACUUGCAGAGGAAGCACUGAUAAGAGACUCCAGGCAUCAGGAAAGAUGAAAUUUGGCAAGGAACCUAUCAGGGUCAGAUUACAGCACAGGCUUGCUAGGGGAAGAGGACACAGAGAGAAAUGACAAUAACCACACAGAGGCCUGUCCAUCCCAUUGGGGGGUGGGGUUCAGUUGUCCAGAUAACUGGAACAAAACAGCCAUGGCUAUCAUAAACACAAAUUUGCUUGAGGAGAGUGCGGAGUGUUAGGGUGGCUGUGGCCUAACCUCAGAAGAACUCCCUUCUGGCUUCCAUCAUUGCUACAGCAGGGAAUUCUCUGCUUCUGGUGCUAAGGGAGAGAGGCUUUCAGAAUGAGGGACGGACUCCGUAAGUGACUGCAUCUCUGGUCACCUAGCAUUAGUACGAAUCUGCUCCUCAAGAAGAGAACAUAUUCUGGAGGCAUGUCAGUUUACCUGUCAGCAACGCACCCAUAAUGUCUUCUCACCUCCAGUGUGGCUCCAUGCUCUCUACUGAUGCUACUCCAACUUUCUUUGGUGCCAUGGGAAAAACCUGAAGCACGAGCAGAGUCACCUCCAAAUCUGUGGUCACUUCCUUGUUGCAUGGCUGGUGCAGAACAGACUAUUGGAAUUUGCUCCUGUGUGUUGCCCUUCGUACCUGAACCAAAGAAUGUGCCUCAUUGUCUAGUGCAUUGCUGUCUGCUCUCUUCCUCGUUCAUUUCUGUUGCUUGUGCCUUCCUACUGUCGUCUGUCAUCACAGGACACCCUUGAAGUUUCUCAGUGGACUCCUCGAGGGCUGGCUCAUGGCUCUCUAAGCCAGCUGUCCAAGGACUCUACCAUGAGGCAUUGCAUUAAUUGCUGCGUCCAGCUGUUCCCCGAAGACACACACCAACAGCAAGUUGCCUGCCAAGGAGGCCCCCAUCACAGUCAUCAGGCGUGCCCCACUUGCAAAGGAGAAAACAAAAUUCUGUUUCGUGUGGACAGUAAGCAGAUGAACUUGCUUGCUGUUCUCGAAGUGAGGACUGAGGGCAAUGAAAACUGGGGUGGGUUUUUGCGCUUCAGGAAGGGGAAGCGAUGUAGCCUGGUCUUUGGAUUGAUAAUAAUGACCUUGGUGAUGGCUUCUUACAUCCUUUCCGGGGCUCAUCAGGAACUUCUGAUUCCCUCCCCUUUCCAUUAUGGGGGCUUUCCCAGCAACCCCAGCGUGAUGGAUGGUGAGAACCCCAGUGAUGUGAAAGAGCAUCACUACCAGCCUUCUGUAAAUAACAUCUCCUAUGUAAAGGACUAUCCGAGCAUUAAACUGAUUAUUGACAGCAUCGCUGCCAGGAUUGAGUUCACAACCAGGCAGCUCCCGGACUUACAAGAUCUCAAGAGACAAGAGUUGCAUAUGUUUUCUGUAAUCCCCAGUAAAUUCCUUCCGACUAGCAAGAGCCCUUGUUGGUAUGAGGAGUUCUCGGGCAGGAACACCACUGACCCCUACCUGACCAAUUCCUACGUGCUCUACUCCAAGAGGUUCCGCUCUACCUUUGACGCUCUGCGCAAGGUUUUCUGGGGCCACCUGUCUCACGUGCAGGGCAAGCACUUCCGCCUUCGCUGCCUGCCCCACUUCUACAUCAUUGGGCAGCCCAAGUGUGGAACCACUGACCUGUAUGACCGCCUCCGGCUGCAUCCAGAAGUGAAAUUCUCAGCCAUCAAGGAGCCCCACUGGUGGACCCGGAAGCGCUUUGGAAUUGUCCGCCUGAGGGAUGGACUACGAGACCGCUAUCCUGUGGAAGAUUACCUGGACCUCUUUGACUUGGCUGCACACCAGAUCCAUCAAGGACUGCAGGCUGCCUCUGCAGAGCAGCCCAGCAAGAUGAAUAAGAUCAUUAUUGGAGAGGCCAGCGCCUCUACAAUGUGGGAUAACAAUGCCUGGACCUUCUUCUAUGACAACAGCACAGACGGCGAGCCACCAUUCCUGACCCAAGACUUCAUCCAUGCCUUUCAGCCAGAAGCCAAGCUCAUUGUUAUGCUCAGGGAUCCUGUGGAGAGGUUAUACUCAGACUAUCUCUACUUCGCAAGUUCCAAUAAAUCUGCAGAUGACUUCCACGAGAAAGUGACGGAGGCUCUGCAGCUGUUUGAAAAUUGCAUGCUGGAUUAUUCACUGCGCGCCUGCGUCUACAACAACACCCUGAACAAUGCCAUGCCCGUGAGGCUCCAGGUUGGCCUGUACGCUGUGUACCUCCUGGAUUGGCUCACUGUCUUCAGGAAGGAGCAGUUCCUCAUUCUACGGCUGGAAGACCACGCAUCCAAUGUCAAGGAUACCAUGCACAAGGUCUUCCAGUUUCUAAACCUGGGGCCUCUCAGUGAGAAGCAGGAAGCUCUGAUGACCAAGAGCCCUGCAUCCAACACACGGCGUCCUGAGGAUCGUAGUCUGGGACCCAUGUGGCCGAUCACCCAGAAGAUCCUGCAUGAAUUCUAUGGGCCUUUCAACACAAGGCUGGCACAGGUCUUGGAUGACGAAGCAUUUGCCUGGAAGACAACGUGAGAGCUGAGUCCCUUCUGCAGAAGCUGGGCCCACUGACUCUGUCAUUGCCAUGACUUUAAAAGUCUCCAGGCAGAGAACUGUCACCCACAGUGUGGAGAAAACCUCUGGAGCCCCACCCAAUCCUCUUCUCACGUCCAAGGCACCUGUUGUGGGAACUAUUUUUAAAACUUUCCUUGCCAUGUUCAGCAGCUCUGCUCUUGAUUGCUAGGCUUGUUCACCUGAAGCCUUGGAAACGACACUGGGGGUAGACUUCUGUCUGUUCCCAAGAGUGCCUUGGAUCUCAGGAGGGCAAUGGAUCUCUGGCGCCCAGUGGGUAGGAAGAGGAGGCUACGGGAGGCCAUAGACCAGCCUUGCCUUCCUUCCUCCAGGAGAGUUUGUCUGGGUGUAGGGUUGGACAGCUCUGGGAUCCGAUUGAGGCCAUGUUCAGGGGCUGCCCCUCACGUGUUAUAUCCCAGCAGGCCUUGCAUAAAUCGAUAACCCCAUGUGGGCAGAGAUCAGAGCUGCUUGGAGAGUGGAGGCUCUUUUGUUUUUGUUCGUAUUCCCAAGUCAGCCCUUCAGUGACACCAGAAAUGAGCCCUGUUCCCUUUUGCUGUGCUCAGAAGAAACUCAGAAGUCAGCUUUUGGCAGCAGGCUCGACUCUCUGACCUAUUCUGCCCAUACACUUUGUUUAUGCCCAGCAUAGAGAAGGAGCGUUUUAAAACAAACCGCUUCUCGAAUUUGACUGGCCCUGCCUCUCUUCUCUGCUCCUUUGGAUGUUUUCCUGAAGGAAUUCAGUUUAUAUUUGGAACGGGAAGUUUUGCUGUUAAUGCCAGAACAGAACAACCUCAAGGCAUCGAACAGUGGAAAAGGAGGGAAGUGAAGCCCUCCCCAUGCUUUAGUUUUUGGUUCUGGCUGGUUACAGGCUCCCUCUGUCUUCCUGUUGGAGGAAUCUUUAUCCACAUUCUCUGUCAUGUGCAGCCAAAGUUCUGUAACUCACUAAGGGUGAGUCUCAAGACACCCUUAGAAUGUCCUCAGAAACACAUCUCACAAACUAAGCUCGGGCCACAUGUGGUGUCACUGGGAGAUAGCUUUGAUUUUUAUGAACCUUUCCAGGCCUGCUAGCAGCUUGGUUUGCAAAGGAUGUGCUGAAAGUCUUGUCAUUUUUAAAAUAAAGACCCCAGGGAAUAUCAGAGAGAACAGCUUAAACCCACUUGGCACACAGGACAAGGUGGGGAUGUCACAAAGCUUUUCAUUGGAGCGUUGCCAAGGGAUGCUGCCUGUGAAGCUGUGUUCUCAGGUCAGGAUCCUGUCUACCAGCGUCAGAAAGUGUACACACUACAUGCCUGACUGUCACUUGGACGUGUGAGAAAAGCUGGGCUUUGGCAGCAGGAGGCUAUGCAGUUGCUCGGCUGUGUGAGUCCUGCUGCGGUCCACACUUGUUGGAGAUGGGACUCUCAGCUCAUUGGAAGGUUCUGGGAGAGCUCUGGGCAUCAGCAUGGACUGGGCUCGUUCUGCUACUGAAGGGACUGUGUGUCUUGUGGCCUGUGUUCCAGGACAAUUCCCCCUUCUCUCAUGGUGGCCACUUGGCUUGGCAGCCAGUGGGAAAAUCUAGCCUGAGUACAAGGAUGCUUUGGGAAGAGAUGAGAGAGAGAGAGAGAGAGAGAGAGAGAGAGAGAGAGAGAGGGAGGGAGAGGUGCAAGCCUGUGAGAAAGAGCACGAGAGAGUAUUUAUUUGGAAUACCAUGUGUGCGUGCGUGCGUGCGUGCGUGCGUGCGUGUGUGUGUGUGUGUGUGUGUGUGUGCGUGCACGCUCACACACUCGCGCUUAUACUGAGCAGGGCCCUCUCAGCUGUCUUGCUGAUGGGACUUCUCCUCCAUUAGAGACAUGAUGCCUUUAUGAAUUAAUUUGUCCACCCCUUCGCCUGUCAUUUCCAGGACAUAUCUUCCCGCCCCACACCAACCACGACUCUAAGAGAUUUUUCUGACGCACUCCUAUGCAUGUGAAUAACAUGUCGCGUGAUUCUACUUCUUACAGAAGUAUUGCCAAAGGUAUUAUUUCCAAUAUUAUUUGGUUCAUUGCUGAUCUUUUUUAUACGUGCAGCCCCUCCCUUUCCACCAUGUGUGGCCAUCUGGACCCAGUCUUCUCUCUAUUGCUCCCUCCCCGGGGGUCACCAGCACUGCCUUUGCUUUUGCUCGGUUGGAGCCCCCUCUUGUUGAGAGCACAGGCAGUGUUUUGGGUGAUGGUUCUCGAGCCUGUCACCCCAAACCAAAGCGAAACACAGACCUGGUACCGAAGACACUUCGUAUUCCCAAAGCCGUGUGCCAGGGUGUAUGACACCUUCCCUCCCUUGUUGUGUAAGGUAUGAUAUGCGAGUCACAUUUAUUCUGUACUUUUACUCAUAUUUAAAAUAAUUAAAGAUGGACCCACACAACUGGUGCCUGCCAAGAGUGAGUCCUCCUUUACAAGCU